UUCCCAUCUGUCGCUUGUACGUUAGUGUGUUUGCAUGUGGCCAGGGGGGUGGUCUUUACAUACACACGAAGCAGGUAAGCCAAUACGCAGGUGAAGAGGUGAUCGCAAGCGGAAUUGCGCUCUAAGAGGAUUACCACUCUCGUUAGUCACCCGCCGGGUCUUGUCAACGAAUGCCGGUUGGGAAACAGCGCACCGGGACGCCAUGCCAUGCAGUAUCCUGCCGAACGCCGGGCGAGGAAACGGGUCAUAGACCACUCUACCUGGUGCGAGUCGGAGGGCGUAUACGUAGAUUAACGGUGGCAUUGCAAUAUGGUCCGUGGUAGUCUUUACCUGUUGGGAGGGCACAUGAAUCCGUCACCGGGAUUGCAUCAGCACCGAAGAGCGGUUUCCUGAAGGAGGGGGUUGGUUGACAGGCUGUUUCUGACAUGAAGACUCGGCCUGCAGGGAUCGGCAAUGUCAACGCCGACUGGAUGGGUUCGCUCCCCUCCAAGCUCAGCGCCAUGCCCCUCAAACACCUCGCGGUGCCAGGGUCUCAUGAUUCUUUUACCUUCUGGGUGGAUGUGCAUGCUCCUGUUGGACCCGACCAGAAGGCAUAUGUGAAGUACCUCGCCACCAUGUUCAGCGUCUUAGCCAAGAAAGUCAUGGUGAAGUGGUCCAUGACCCAGAAUCUGACAUUUAAAGAGCAGUUGGAUGCAGGAAUACGCUACUUUGAUCUCAGGGUCUCCUCCAAGCCAGGCGAGUCAGGAAAUGAGAUUUACUUUAUCCAUGGCCUGUUUGGCCACAAGGUGAGCGAUGGCUUGUUAGAAAUCAACUCCUUCUUAAGUAGACACAGGAAAGAGAUAGUGUUUCUGGACUUUAACCACUACUAUGUAAUGGAUCUAGAGCAUCAUGUGUACCUCAUCCGCAUGCUCCAGGAAGUGUUUGGCAGCAAGCUUUGCAACAACUGUCCAGUGGAGGGCAUCACUCUGGACUACCUCUGGCAGAAGAAAUACCAGGUGAUUGUGUUCUACCAUCAUCCCUCAGCUCAGGACAUCCCUGUCAUGUGGCCUGGCAACAAGAUCCCUGCUCCCUGGGCAAACACCACCGAACCCAAAAAGCUCACACAGUUCCUGGAAACUACACUGAGGGAAAGAGCCAAGGAGGGCUCCUUCCACGUGUCUCAGGCCAUCCUCACACCCAGGGUCAACACCGUGGCCAAGGGCCUGGUCUGGGGGCUGCGCAGCUACCUGGUGGAGAGAAACCUGCCGACCAUCAUGUCCUGGGUUGAGGCUCAGAGGCCGGGGGUGGACGGGGUCAACAUCAUCACCUCGGACUUUGUGGAGCUCACUGACUUUGCCAACAUUGUCAUCAAACUCAACAACCUGCUGUUGUCUGAACAAGACCGCAAACAAAGAUGACACACGUUUGCACAACAGCCCAAAUGUGUGCUGACCUGCGAUGUGGUGCAUGUCAGAGGGCAGAUUCUUCCACCAUUGUCCUUAUGAAGUUAGUUUAAAUAAUAAUGUAUUAUGUUGCAUUAUAGACUUCAACAAGGAUAGUUUAUCAUUAGCAUUAGGUCCCAUGACAUGAAAAUGUCACUUUAUGAGGUUUUUUUAACAUUAAUAUGAGUUCCCCCAGCCUGCCUAUGGUCCCCCAGUGAAUAGAAAUGGCGAUAGGUGUAAACCGAGCCCUGGGUAUCCUGCUCUGGUUUUGAGAAAAUGAAAGCUCAGAUGGGACGAAGCUGGGUCUCUCAGCCCAAAUAUCAUGCCAUCAUGUUUUACCACCAUCAAAAGGUCGACAAAAUCCUGUCAUUCCACCGCUUUGGCUUCAAAUUGCUUUAUUCCCUUUUGGUGGAAAAACUGGAAACAUAUCACAUUGUAGUGUCUAAUGGCCAUGCAGCACAUGUCACCAUGGAGAAACAGACUCACAGCUACCUGUGACCUGGACAGUGAUUAUAUGAAUCAUAUGGAUUUCAAUAUGGUUUUGACAUCUCCAACAUUAUGCUGUGUUCACACCAAAUGCAAAGUGAAUGUACGCCUUGCGUUACUGGCUCGAGUUUGACUGUGGGAUUAUUUGUGUUUAUUUCAAUUAUUUGUGCAAAACGUGCCAAAGAGAAGGAGGAGCUCCAUAUAGAUGCCAACAAUUUUGCUGUCCGCCAUUUCUUUCCGUCAUCCGCUUUGCAGCCUACCUGUUGUUGAAGUCCUAGAUACAUCGGAAAGCCAAACACUUUCAUGUCUUGGUUUAUAACAUCUGAGCUGGCGGUGCAAGGAGAGGGCAUCAAAAAUUCACACGGUCACAAGCGACCGGUGGGGCAGCGGAUGCAAAUUUAUACAAUUUGGUCAUGUAUAGUGGGCAUGCACCGUAAUUUGCGUCACUGCAUUACCCAGCGCAUCUUUGCAUUCACUUUGUAGGCUAUGUUUCCGCGACCCACCAAAAAUUUACUUUGUUUGUUGUGAACAGAAUUACAUCUUGAAAAUGUUUCUGUUUACAUCACAGAUUUGUUAUUAUUAUGGUGAAAGCCAAGAUUCUAUAUUGCAUAAUUGUUUAGCUUUUUUUGAAAUACUGUAUUUAUAGGUUUUUAAAGGUGCACUACGAGUUCCUGCAUGGUCACUUCUGCUGAUGUUCCAAGUAAAUUCCCAAAAAAACAGAACAAGCUUCCCCCCCAUGUUUCCGUAACUGUCAUGACUAAAACAUCCAGUAUACCAGCCACAGCCGAGCUGUCGAGCACCAGUGUGACGUUAUGGGAGCACCGUAACUGUUUGUACUCCCGCGUGGUGGUCGUGACACUAGUUGCAGUCUUCUCCUGAACAGAGGUGGCGCUAAUGAGCAAAGGCUACCAACAUUUCUAUUUCUACAGACUCGAAGAAGAAGAAAAAGGUUUAAAAAAAGGUCAGAACUGGAAGCAGCAUUUACAACAAUUCUUUGAUUUGAUUUGAUGACCUAAUUCGUUUGAUCAAGCUUUUCAAAAGAACUCAUCUUAACCCAGUAAGUUUAUAGGAGAGACUUGCAGUCACUCUGAGAGUCCUGGCAUCCGGUUACCCUCGAGGUUGUUCAGGCUUCCUAUUUCCGCUUUGUCGCGCGCCGCUGAAAAAAAAAAGGUUUUGAGUGCGCAUCUUGGUGGCCCGCCAAAAUCCCGGAUCUACGUAAUUUAGACGUCACAUUGGCGCGCGCAAGCUCAGAUGCGUCAACUGUAAAUCGGCAUUAACUGUCACUAACCCCCAUCCCCUCCCACAACCAUCUUGUCGGUGAUUGUGCUGGAGUGGGUUGUUGUAGUUUGGUGCACAGCCUGUGCCUCUAGUCUUUGUUUGAUGUUUACGACCCCUUUGUUAUCUCCCAAGAACGGGCUUUUUCACGGUGUAUUCAGGGUGCAGGCAGCUAGCGGAUUAAGGACAGAUUCUUACAAUUUGAGACAAAAAUGAAAUCGCGCUGAAAACUAUGCAGGAACUCAUAGUGCACCUUUUAAGGUGUUGUCUGCAUCAGAACAUAAGGUAUUGGAAUGAAGAGCAAUUGUGACUAAUAUUUAAUGAUACACUUUUACUGUAAUACAUCCAGCAUUAUGUUAAAUAAUUGUUGGCCAGGGAUCUAAAGUUGGGUUUUUAACUAUGCACUUUGUGUUUUUCCAAUAAUGAACAUAAUGGGAAAAAUAUAAUAUAAUAUAAUAUAUAAUAAUAAUAAUAAUAAUAAUAUAGAGUAUUUUUGUUUGUAUUUUAAAAACUGCCAUGCCACAUUGCUAACUCUGUCUCAAUACAUAUCGCUGGGUUCUAAAGUUUAGCACUUUGAGGUGAAAUUGCAGAGGGAAAGCCAUAUACGUGUGAAACUUGUGCCACAAUGCUCAUAAAAUACAUCAGCCAAUGCAUACAUAGUAGACAGCAAUAAAUGUUUAUGAUUAUA